AUGCCUUCCCUAGAUUUAGGUAGGUGCAUAAAGCAUAAUAUAAUUGAUAUUGUUUACUUUUGCCAGUGUGUGAAGCUGAAAGCUUUAAUAGUCGACUUCGCUUCCUCCUUGUCCGACAACAUUUUCCCCGAACUGGCACAGCUCACCAGUUUGGAAGAAAUUGGGCUACGAAAGGGGCGUUCUCUGUCAUCCAAUGGAUUUAGAGUUUUGACGAGCUGUGGAAAUCUGUCGAAUGUGCAGAAGCUCAAUCUGUCCGAAUGUGAUUUGCUGAGCAAUGAAAAUGUGCGAGACAUUGGUACUGCCUGUCCCCUGUUGACUCACUUUCACAUAGCAUGGUGCACUUUGAUUGAUGACUCUGGUCUAGUGGAGAUUAUCAUGAACUGUCACCACAUGCUGGACAUGGACUUGAGUGGUCUGGACAAACUGGAAGGAACCCACUUCGCUCUAGUCCCAUUCAGCAUGCCUUACUUACAGAGGAUGAAACUGGAAAUGUGUGGCGCCAUAGACGAGAGGGACAUGCACUGGAUUGUGAUCCAAAUGAAAGGGCAACUGGAGGUCAUCGACUUCUAUCACCAAGUUAUUGUGUACGAUGCAAACAACGGAGGUCAGCUGAUCACCGGCUUCGAGAGCAGUCGCGAAUUACUUAGUAUAUCGGCUUCAGAGAACGUAACGGUAUCCAGCGUCCCAUCCUUCAACACGCCAGUAGCAACUGCUCCUUCCAGUUCCGAGUCAAGACGCUCAGUCGAAACUGCGCACACGGAGGAAGAAAGUACCGAGGUUUCAGAGGAAGUUGUAAGUGGAUCUCAACAGACCAUGAGUUCUGUGAACUCCUCAGGAAGAAGUGAGAACUCGUCGGAUAACCCACAGGGCGACGAAGACAGCGAGGAAUGGGAAACUGAAGAGGACACCGCAGAAGUAGAAGUGAAUAAAUUGAAUAUAAAUGAAAACUUGUCGUCUGACAGUUCGGUAGAAUUUUCAUCUGAUUGUGCAGGGAGUAACGUUGACGAUGUGAGUAUUUGUGAACAUGGAAAUGUGUUCACUCCUGGUGUCUCAUUUGUUGGUGAAGACGAAGAAGAAGACGGGAGAACGCGACAGUGUUGUAGAAACGUUCGCGUUUGAAAUUUCACAAAAGAACUUGAAGGUGGAGUCUAAAAGACAAGACUUGAUAAGUUAUUGUUUAUUCAUCAUUUAAUUUUGCUAUAAUUCAUAACAAAGAAUACAGUAUUACGUAUUUCA